AUGGGUCCUUCUCUACCUCCUGGUGACAACCACACAUCUGCAAAGAACAAAAUCGGCGAAGUGCUGACCGCACCCCCCGUCCAAAGGCGGGUCGACCUCUUCCGGAAGCUAAUUAAAGAUCUGUCUGAGGAUCCUGUUGGGGAUCCGAAUAUUCCUAAUGUUCUCUUCGAGACAAAUUGGGCAGAUGAUGGCGCAGUGCGAGAUGAAGACUUCACCCGACAGAUACUCCAGAGCUUCAAGACAGCCCAUGUAGCAGAAUGGAACCGUCUCCUACAAUCGUGCACGUCCAACCAAUGUGAACUAUUGCAGAAAUUCACAGACAAUGGCAAGUUAGAGGACAUUGCUCGAGACGUUGACUUCGACGUCAUCAGAGGGAGUCGGCGGGAGCUUCAGGACAUGGAAAGUGCAGGCCAGGUUCAGCUUCCUCCUCCUCAUGGCGCUGAGAGAAGGCGGCGAAACUGGCUAGGCAGUUUCAAAGGCACAUUAUCGAAAUUGUCUUUCUUAUGCUGCUGUGCAGGCCGAUGUUUUGCAAGACCAGAAGAAGUCGACAUUGUGCUAAUAACCCGGCGGACAUAUAUUGACGCUCGGUUCACCAAUUGGGGACGAACCAUCGAAGAUAAACCUAUCUACACAUGUUUCCCAACAACGAGCUUUGGAGUACAACAAAUUGUUCAAUACGCCAUUAAAUCGAAGUUGGGGGUGCGUGUGUCAGGCUAUCGCCAUUCCUGGUCGCCGAUCUUUACUCGUGCAACGGGAUGUAUACUCAUCUCUACCCUAGAUUUGCGGAGAGCCACAAUAAUUCCCAAUGUAGAGGCUCUCACUCCGGUCUGUCCGGCGCUAUUCCAAGGCAAGUCUACGAAACUGAACUCAAUCACCGAGAUUGGCCCUUUAAAAGAAGAUCCGACAAAGUCACUCGUCCGUGUGGGCUGCGCAACGACCAAUGAACAGUUCCGAUCGUGGUGUAUAGCGUCAAAGCGCCUAACGCUACCUCUCAAUGUGAUUAUGGUUGAGAUUACAUUUGGUGGUAGCAAUGCUCCAAUCUGCCACGGGGCCGGUAUCAAACAUCAAACAUUGAGUGACCUGGUCUACGCCAUCGAGUAUGUUGAUGCCAAUGCAAAGGUCCAGAAAAUCACUCGAUCCGAUGGCGACUUUCUCUCUGCAGCCAGUGGUUGCUUUGGGUUGAUUGGAGUCGUCACUCAUAUCACCCUCAUAGUCGACCAGAUGACGUAUGCGAUUAUGAGACCUAAGAAGCUGCCAGUUAUUGAUGCCAUACCGCCUCCAGAACGCCUUCGUUCCCGCGUGCCUCCGGCACUCUACCAGGAUCGUACUCCUGAGGCAAUCCAACGUGCCCAGGAGGAGUUUGAGAGGAGAGCUGCCCAUGACUACUACACAGAGUGGUUUUGGUUCCCAUAUGCCGAUGAGGUUUGGGUCAAUACAUGGUCCACAACGACGGAUUCCUCCGACGUGAAAGAAUAUCCCAGCAAGAUUGAGAUUGCAACGCAGUGGCUCCAGGCGAUCGCCAUGGAAGCCGCGCAAGAUCUCGCCAGAGACACAAAGACUGAAGAUCUCCUGCCAAUGCUUCGGACUUCUCUAGUUUCGAGACUAGCUAUGGCUUCUCUGCCGGCGGAGGAAGAAAUCAAAACGUGGCUCCCAGAUGCACUUCAUUUUAGAAGAGCAAUUCAAAACACACGUGUCCGAGAUUUGGAAGUUGAGAUACCUCUUCCUUCGGGACCCGACGAUGCGAACAAACCCGACUUUAGUAUUAUUCAACACGCCUGGUGGGAGGCAAUCAUCAAGGCAUACGAGCACACAAAAAAUUGUCCCAUGCGUAUGCCUCUUGAGAUGCGAAUAAUGGGCGACAGCAACGUGGUUAUGGCGCCUCAGUGCGGUAACAAGCUCGGAACAUGCGCGAUUGAGGUUUUGACCUUGCAGUCAGUAGCACAGUUCUGGGAUGGUUUUGCUCAAGAAGUCCUCGAUGAGUGGAUGAAGUUGAGGCAAUGGAAAGGGCAAGAACUUAAUAUCAGGCCCCACUGGGCCAAGGAAUGGUGCGUCAACGUCCUCUCGCUAGUAGAAUGCUUCCUGCGAAUAACAACUUCGCUCAACCUGCUUCCUGAGCAAGGUAUUAGUCCUAGGCAUAUUUCUAAUUAUAUGGGUUCUCACAGGCAACAAUUCACGGUGGGUGGCAAGCCCUUUCAGGAUUAUCUCAAGAACGAAUGCUACCGCGACGCGAUCCCUAAGUUUAAUGGUAUACUUGACAGGAUUGGGAAACAGCAACAUUGGGAGAGGAGCGAUGUUAAAAGAAUGUUUUCAAAUCUCUUGUUUGAUGACCUCGUCUUCGAUGAUAUCCAUUGA